AUGGCUGCCGAUGUCCAGCCAAUUGCUCAGGUCAAGUUGCCUGCUCGGCCUUCUUCUCUGACGCCGGAGCAGACGUACUGGCGAUCAUUCAAAUCUCCUCUGAACAUUUCCUCGCCGACAAAGCAUGCAAUUACACAUAUUUCGCAGCCACAGCCCGUUAGUGUUGGCCAAACUCCUUCCGAUUUCUUUGUUGUCACGACUGGUGCGCGGGUGCAACUUUACUCUGUCAAGUCCCGAAAACUUCUGAAGACGAUUACACGGUUCGACGAUAUUGCCUACAGCGGUGAAGCCCGAUACGAUGGACGAGUCCUUGCGGCAGGCGAUGAGACUGGUGCGAUCCAGGUGUUUGAUGUCAAUUCAAGAGCUAUUUUGAAGACCUGGAAAGAACAGAAACAACCAGUGCGCACGGUUCGAUGGAGUCCUAAGGAGACCACGGCGUUGAUGAGCUGCGGAGAUGACAGAACGGUCCGACUGUGGGAUCUUCCAAGCGAGAGUAGCGUCGAGACCUUUCGCGGCCACCAGGACUACGUGCGGACGGGCGGCUUUCUACCAGGACAGUCAAGCCAUUUGUUUGUGUCGGGCAGUUAUGAUCAGACGAUCAGGCUCUGGGAUCCUCGCACGCCAAAUGCGGCGGUUAUGACAUUCAAACAUGUCGCCGCGGUGGAAGAUGUCUUAUGCAUGCCAUCUGGGACCACCAUCCUGGCAUCAGCCGAGAACCAGAUUGCAGUGCUGGAUAUCGUGGCAGGACGACCGUUGCAGAUGAUCAAAAACCACCAAAAAACAGUCACAUCGUUGUGCCUGGCAUCCAAUGGAUCAAGAGUAGUUAGUGGAGGCCUAGACGGACAUCUGAAAGUCUUUGAAACGACGGGGUGGAACGUCGUUGCUGGUUCCAAGUACCCCGCCGGCAUCCUUUCAACAUCGGUCGUUACGGCUGGAAACUCUCGAGAAGACACGCACGUUGUGGUGGGGAUGUCCACUGGUCAGCUCAGCAUCAGAACAAGACUCUCUGGGGAGCAAAAAGUAAAAGAGCGGGAAAGACAAAAACAAAUGGAAGCACUGAUUGCUGGGACGAUCGAAGAGUACGACAAGAAGCAGGCCAAAAAACGCCCAAGGGGACUCGAAAAGCGGCUCAGAGGGCGCGACUAUGCGGGCGAAGAUGCUGACAUCAUCGUCGAAGGAAAUGUGCGACCGAAACAGAAGAAGCUGACUCUGUGGGAAAAGGAACUGCACAAAGGCAGAUACCGGGAGGCGCUAGACAUUGCUCUGCAAGGUGCUGACAGGCUCACAAUUGUCACCUUAUUGAACACUCUCCGCUAUCGAUCUGCACUGCGUGCUGCUCUCGAAGACCGCACGGAAUCAGAUCUCCAGCCCAUCUUGCACUGGAUAUGGAGGAACAUUUCCAGCACGGCAUUUGUUUCCCUGUGCGUGGAAGUUGCGAUGAACAUCAUGGACCUAUACUCAAAGCACCUCUCCGAAUCCGAGGCUCUCGCAAAGCACCUCAAAAAGCUGCGGGACCGUGUCCACGAAGAGACCGAUCGAGCAGAGCAAGCUGGGAUAACCAGGGGAAUACGAUCCGAUGGGGCAUUUUGGGCAAGUGAUGCCGUGUUCCGCGCCGAAGUGCAACUGGCUAACAAUGGCUCAGCUACCGGAGGUAUUGCCAUUACAUUCACGAAAGACCUUCUGGUUGAUCCCGCAACUCGUGGCGUGCACGAUGUCAGACAUACUGUGGUUGCUGCGGCUAGUAGCUCCAGCGCAUCCCGCGCACAGGAAUUCUUGAACGAGGUCAAGGCUCCGUCGACCGCCAAAGCGUAUGGAUCGUACGCGGAGCUGGUGCAGAAUCCGGACAUCGACAUUGUGUAUAUAGCUACGCCUCAUUCCCACCACUACCAGAACGCAUUACUAUGCCUUGAGGCUGGCAAGAACGUCUUAUGCGAGAAAGCCUUCACUGUCAACGCCUCCCAAGCGAAGAAGCUCGUCCAGACGGCAAGAGAGAAGAACCUGUUCCUGAUGGAGGCAGUGUGGACACGCUAUUUCCCCCUCUCUGUCUACGUACGUGAGGCAAUCAGCUCUGGGAGAUUGGGUCACGUAGUCAGAGUAUUUGCCGACAAUUCUCGCGCUUCCGAGCCGGAGAAGGUCUGGGCCGACGGCAAACACAGGAUGGUCAAUCCAGAUUUGGCGGGUGGCGCUCUUCUAGACCUGGGAAUCUACAGCCUCACGUGGGUCUUUCAGACUUUGUACACCACGCAAGCACCCGCGAACCGCCAACCACCAAAGGUUGUUUCUAGUAUGGUUAAGUAUCCACCAACAGGCGUUGACGAGACGACCACCAUAAUACUUACGUUCCCUCGCGACCCCGAACAAGGUGGCGACAUGCACGCGGUGGCAACCACGGGUAUGCGCACAUCAAGUGACAUUGAUGGAAAGGGCACCUCUGGCCCUGCGGUCCGGAUUCAAGGCACAAAGGGCGAAAUACAAGUAUGGCCACCAGCAUACCGGCCAACGAAGACCAGGCUGAUCCUCACCGACGGUACCACGGAGGACAAGGAAUGGACGCAACCUGGUCCAGGUAAAGGAAGUGGGUGGUUCAACGGUUUUGGAGAUGCGAUGAAUGCAGAGGGCGAGGGCCACGGAAUGUUUUGGGAGGCCGAUGAAGCCGGGAGAGCCAUUGUGGAGGGACGUAAAGAGGGUAGGUAUGAAAGCUUGGAUGAAAGUGUGUUGAUCAUGGAGGUGAUGGAUGAGGUCCGACGGCAACAUGGCUUCAGCUAUCCCGAGAAGAUUGAGACGACCGAAAGAGUCGAACUAUGA